UCCUACAACCACCGUCGGAGUUUCCUGUGUUUCGCUCACUGAUGCAAUGGUAACUUCUGCUGCUGUGGGAUGCCAGGAAACAAAACUGAGAUUUCAGUAACGGGAUAUUAUUUUUGGAGGCAACGUGUUCAUGGAGCAAAUGCAGGAAAAAGAGGUCCCCAAGCCAUUCCAAGGUUAGAGGUCACUCAUUGGGCAGUUUGGACAUCCGGAUGGACUCUGCAUGUCAUUCUAUGAAGUGGCUGGGCACACAUAGGAUUCAGUGGCUGGUCUGCAGGCAUAGCAGCAGCGUAGCUUUGGAUCUGGCGUAAUGUGAGUACGCUUGUUCCAUCCUUGCUGAUACAUAAAAUCACAAGAGAAAACAAAAGGAAAACUGCAAAAAGGGGGGGAAAGAAAUUGAGAGGAAAAAUACUAACACAGAUUUUAAAAGGCAUAGAAUCACAAAAGUGAGGAAUUAAGAGAUAUAUUCUGGAUUCCAAUGGUUAUUAUGAUCUGUUAUUCAUUUUUUUAUGAUACUGCAUGGCUUUUAAAGUCUGUUUUAAUUCUUCUUUGCUUUUUAUUAUUUACUUAUUUUCUUUCUUUUACAUAUUACUUUUUCUUAUGCUCUCAUCUUUUUGUCUUUUUUAUUAUUCAACAGUAAAAUUGGUCCUAUAGCAUGCAACUUUUUUAUUUUUAUUUUGGGCCAGAAAAGCUUAACUAAGAAUGAAUGAUAUUAGUGAUCUCAUAUUAAAAAAAGUUGUUUCGCUGUAAAAUAAAAGGUUCUAUGUUUUUUUCAUGAUUUUCAACCAAAUGAGUUUAUAACGAUAAGGUUUUGCAUAAUUCAAGGGGAAAUAGGGUGCUGUCCAUUUUUAACAGAUUAUUAAAGAAUAAUCAAAAGCCAAAGAUUUGUCUCAGAAAAAGUUUUGAUAGAUUUAAAUGCAGAGGAAUAUAUUUUAUGUAUAUUUACCUUAACAUCUCCAUGCCAUUUUCCUGCACAUAAGUAGACAAACAGAACACUAUGUUUCAAUCUGUUUUAAUGUCAAAGAGAACUUAUUUAUACACAGCGAAAUGUAUCAAGUCUCCUAAUAUUUAGUGGAGGUGUGAUGCUGAUAAUGCUUAUUUAACUGACAUUUGGAGGCAUUUAUAAAAAUUGAAGCUUACUGUAAAAAGUAGCAGGUUAAUAAUAGUUAAUUGCCAUGUGUCUUUGCAUCAGGCCUCCUGUGUUUCUGCUCCCUCCCAUCCUCUCUUCGGGUAUCAUCACAAGGAGCAGAUUAGAAGCUUUCGCUCCUGUCCUGGGAAAAUUAUUGUUAAAGAUAAAAUAGUUAAGCAGACAGAAGAACACACCUUGCUGAAGCAGAAGCAGCCUGGCUUCUGCAAGGGCAAAUCCUGUCUUACAUGCUUAUUAAGGUUCUUUAGUAGUUUCAACAAGCAAAUCUGGACGCCUUCAUCUGCCCUACCUGCCAUAAAACAUGUCUCUCCCAUGUCGGUCUCUACAGCCACAGCAGGUGCUGUAACUCUCCAAUGGUUUGACUUUACUCUUCCAUCGUCUCCUGAGACAGACAGAUGCCAUCGACAACAACAAUAGAUAGAGGUUGACAUAGUGUACUUAGACUUUGAAAAAGCUUUUGACAGGUGUCUGCCAAUCCAAUCAUGGCAAUGGAAGGGCAAAAAGAGCUUAGUUUGGAAGAGGAACUUGAAGCACCAGAAGCUAUACAUACAGGGCCUAAAGGGGUGAUCAACGACUGGAGAAAGUUUAAAUUGGAAAGUAAAGACAGGAAUGCCCUUCCUGUAAGCAAGAAAGAGAUUCUCAUCAGGCAGAUGUCUUCACCCUAUCGCUCUCAAAGUAGAGAUGAUAAAGACACCAGGGAGCGAUUCAGUCGCAAGAUGAGCGUGCAAGAGUACGAGCUAAUUAAUGAAGACAUGGAAGACGAAAGCUGCCUACGGACGUAUCGCAAGCGUUGUAUGCAGGACAUGCACCAGCGACUGAGCUUUGGGCCGAAAUAUGGCUACCUUUCGGAGCUGCAGAAUGGGGAACAGUUCCUGGAAGCUGUCGAGAAGGAGCGAAAAACCACCACAGUCAUUGUCCACAUCUAUGAAGAUGGCAUCAAGGGCUGCGAGGCACUCAACAGCAGCCUGUCGUGCCUUGCUGCCGAGUACUCCACAGUGAAAUUCUGCAAGAUCAAGGCUUCCAACACAGGGGCUGGAGACCGUUUCUCCACCGACGUUCUCCCAACACUUCUCGUGUACAGAGGUGGGGAGCUCGUCAGCAAUUUCAUUAGUGUAACCGAACAGUUCAGUGAGGAGUUUUUUGCUGUGGAUGUGGAGGUGUUCCUAAAUGAGUACGGGUUACUACCGGAGAAGGAGAUUCCAGCGCUUGGGAAUGGAAACUUGGACGAGCAAGAAGUCGAAUAGUUGACGAGAUCUCUAGUACUUCCAAAAUCUCCUGCCCCUCCACAGUACAUAUUGCAAUUGGAUCUCAGCUGGACCCAUGCUCAUUAAGCAAACGCCGUAUGUUACUAUGUGGAAAGCAAGCGAUAUAACAUAUUUAAAUGGCAGUAUGUGAAACGGGAGGUCCAAUCCUCACUCAGAAGCCACAUUGUUCAACCGCCCAGAGUGGCCGGGGCAACCCAGCCCGAUGGGUGGAGUACAUACAAUAACAUUAUUAUUAUUAUUAUUAUUAUUAUUAUUAUUAUUAUUAUUAUUCCCAAGUAAGUGUGUAUAGGAUUGCAGCCUAAAGCACAUACAUCAUAAGGACAUGAGAAGAGCCCUUCUAUAUCAAGCUACAGGCCCAUAUAGUGAAGCAUCCCAUUCUCACAGUGGUCACACAGAUACCUGUAGGAAACCCAAAAGCAGAACACAAGCACAAUAUCACUUUCCUGCUCAUGAUUCCCAGCAGCUGGUAUUCAGAGGCAUCAGGUGCUUUCAUAUAUUACACUCACACAGUAAUACCAAAAGGCUAUAGGAAAGUACAGAUAAGUGUAAAAUUAAGAGACAUGUGCAUGCACACACACAGCCUAGUCCGAUUUUUAGAAGAAAAGCUAACGUUUGGGAGCCAGGCAUGCAUUUUGUUUUUAUUUCUACCAAGAAAGCAAGCAGGUUAGGAUGGGAAAAGCUCCGUAGCAAGUAGAUCAGUGGUUCCCAACCUUUUUUUUGGCCAUGCCCCACCUAAGCAUCUCUAAA